CCAGCCAGAGUGCGCCUGCGCACAGCGGGGGUGUGGGGCCCAGCUCCAACACCGAGGGUUCGUGCCCGGCUGGGUGCUGGAGUGGGAGCGGGCAGUGCAGGGGACACACAAGAUUAUCUGUGAUCAAAUAGGGGACAUACAGUUCUCACCAGCCAGCUUCUAUCGGAAGUGUGCUGUGCUACCUGCCUGCCGUGGAUGGAUUCAUUGACUUCCCAGCAAAUGUGAGUUUGGAGACCCUGAUACACCCACUUUCCUACCUGCACUCUGCGUGCCCGCGGCUGCCUGGCAAGAUGAAGCCUAAACUGAUGUAUCAGGAGCUGAAGUUGCCUACUGAGGAGUCCGUCGGGGAGCUGCCCAUGAAUGAGAUCGAGGCAUGGAAGGCUGCCGAGAAGAAAGCCCGCUGGGUCCUGCUGGUUCUCAUCCUGGCUGUUGUGGGUUUCGGUGCCCUGAUGACUCAGCUGUUCUUAUGGGAAUACAGCGACUUGCAUCUCUUUGGAGCCAACCAGCCCCCAGCACCCUGCUAUGACCCCUGCGAAGCAGUGCUGGUGGAGAGUAUCCCCGAGGGCCUGGACUUCCCUGAGGCUUCCACUAGCCACCCCUCCACCAGCCAGGCUUGGCUGGGCCUGCUCGCCCGGGCCCACAGCAGCCUGGACAUCGCCUCCUUCUACUGGACCCUCACCAACAAUGAUACCCACACUCAGGAGCCCUCUGCACAGCAGGGUGAGGAAGUCCUCCGGCAGCUCCAGACCCUGGCACCUCGAGGUGUGAAGGUUCGCAUUGCUGUGAGCAAGCCCAGCGGGCCCCAGCCCCAGGCGGACCUGCAGGCCCUGCUGCAGAGCGGUGCCCAGGUCCGCAUGGUGGACAUGCAGAAGCUGACCCAUGGCGUCCUGCACACCAAGUUCUGGGUGGUGGACCAGACCCACUUCUACAUCGGCAGUGCCAACAUGGACUGGCGCUCCCUCACCCAGGUCAAGGAGCUGGGCGUGGUCAUGUACAACUGCAGUUGUCUAGCCCAAGACCUGACCAAGAUCUUCGAGGCCUACUGGUACCUGGGCCAGGAGGGCAGCUCCAUCCCGUCAACCUGGCCCCAGUCCUAUGACACCCUCUACAAUCAAAAGACACCAAUGGAGAUCUGCCUCAACGGGACCCCUGCUCUGGCCUACCUGGCGAGUGCGCCCCCACCCCUGUGUCCGAGUGGCCGCACCCCAGACUUGAAGGCUCUGCUCAACGUGGUGGACAAUGCCCGGAGUUUCAUCUAUAUCGCAGUCAUGAACUACCUGCCCACCAUGGAGUUCUCCCACCCGCGCAGGUUCUGGCCUGCCAUCGAUGACGGGCUGCGGCGGGCUGCCUACGAGCGGGGCAUCAAGGUGCGCCUGCUGGUCAGCUGCUGGGGUCACUCUGAGCCGUCCAUGCGAGCCUUCCUGCUCUCCCUGGCCGCCCUGCGUGACAACCACACCCACUCCGACAUCCAGGUGAAACUCUUUGUGGUCCCUGCGGACAAGGCGCAGGCCCGGAUCCCGUAUGCCCGAGUGAACCACAACAAGUACAUGGUGACCGAGCGUGCCGCCUACAUCGGAACCUCCAACUGGUCUGGCAGUUACUUCACAGAGACGGCGGGCACCUCGCUGCUGGUGACACAGAACGGCGAGGGCGGCCUGCGGAGCCAGCUGGAGGCUGUUUUCCUGAGGGACUGGGACUCCCCUUACAGCCACGACCUCGACGCCUCAGCCGACAGCGUGGGCAAUGCCUGUCGCCUGCUCUGAGACCUGUCCCAGCAGACAGGCUGAGGCCUUCAAGGCCCCCACACACCCAGAUGCCCUGGGUCGUGGUCCCUGUCCCCGUAGCCCUGCUUCUGUCUGUCCCGUUGUGGCUCCACAGACCCCUUGCUCUCCCACCUCUACCUUCACCCCCGACGGCCUGACGCUGUGGCCCCAGAUCCCAGCUGAGCUGGGGGAGGGAUCAGCCCCAGAAGAAGUGGGGAUGCAUGCUGGGCCAGUCCCCCGGCCUCCCCCCGUUCCCAGGGCAAAGAGGGCCCAGGUUCUAAUAAGAAGUAAACAACUUGUCUGUA